UUUCAAGUUCACACAUCCCAGUGAGAAAACAAAGUCAGUAGCAGUUUUGCUUUGAAAGAAAAUCCCUUGUGUUUGACAAAUCAAUCAACAUGUAUUCAGGCAAAUCUUUAGUCGCUGUAGCUAUUUUGUUAGCUUUCGGUACUUUCACAGUUUCGGCUCGUGAUUGUCCAAAAGCAUGCACACUUGAAUUUAAUCAAGUUUGUGCCACAAAUGGUAAGGAAUAUCGUUUAUUCGAUAACCCGUGUAUGAUGGAUGUUUUCAACUGUGAACAUGAGUUCCUAUGGACUCAAACUAAAUCUUUAGAACCAUGCUUAUCUAUAGCAGCUGAUGAAUUCAAUAACAGAAACUGUUAUAAACCAUGUACAUUUGAAUAUAAUCCAGUAUGUGGUUUUAAUGGUGAAAAAUAUCAAACUUUUGGAAAUUUAUGUGACAUGAAUAAUGCACAUUGCGAUGAUGGCAAAACAUGGUCCGUUGCAAAUUUUGGUAGCUGUGAAGUUCCACAACAAAUUAAUGAAGUAUCAAAAGAUAUUGCUGACUGUGUUCGUCCAUGUGGUACUGAGUAUUCACCUAUCUGUGCAACUUUUGAUGGGGAACAUUAUGAAUUGUUUAACAACGUUUGUGAUAUGCAUAAUGCUGAAUGUGGAACAAAUAAACACUUCAAACCAGCACCAUUUACUGCUUGUGUAUUUCUUCCUAAAUUGGCAACACCAACUGACAGUGUUUGUGAAAAACCAUGCACAAGAGAAUAUUUUCCAGUUUGCGGAACAGACGGAAAAAGAUUCAAGGUUUUCAGCAAUGAAUGUGCAUUGAAAAAUGAACAUUGCAAUGACAAUAAAUUGUGGACAGAAACACGCAUGUCAAAUUGUGGCUCAGAAUCGACUCGUGUAAUUGAAGAUAUUGAUUGUGAAAAACCUUGUACGUUUGACUAUGUGCCAGUUUGUGGAACAAAUGGCGAACUAACCAAAGUUUUUGGAAACAAAUGUGUUAUGGAAAAUGAACACUGCAAAGAUAAUAAAAUAUGGACACAAACACGUAUGGAUCAAUGUGAACAAGAAUCCCAAGAACCAAUUUUGUCAGAAUUUAAAGUUGCUUGUGAAAAACCAUGUACAUUUGAGUAUAUGCCUGUUUGUGGAACAAAUGGAGAACAAACUAAACUUUUUGGAAACAAAUGCGUUAUGGAAAAUGAACAUUGCAAUGACCACAAGACAUGGGUACAAACUCGUAUGAAUGAAUGUCAAACAGAACCAAUUCCAAUUGCAAUCAACAGUCGUUGUGAAAAACCAUGCACAUUUGAGUAUAUGCCUGUUUGUGGAACAAAUGGAGAACAAACUAAACUUUUUGGAAACAAAUGCGUUAUGGAAAAUGAACAUUGCAAUGACCACAAGGUAUGGGUACAAACUCGUAUGAAUGAAUGCCAACCAGAACCAAUUUCAAUUGCAAUCAACACUCGUUGUGAAAAACCAUGUACAUUUGAGUAUAUGCCUGUUUGUGGAACAAAUGGAGAACAAACUAAAGUUUUUGGAAAUAAAUGUGUUAUGGAAAACGAAUAUUGUAAUGACCACAAGAUAUGGGUUCAAACUCGUAUGAAUGAAUGCCAACCUGAACUAGUCCCAGCUGCAUUCAACACUGGUUGUGAAAAACCAUGCACACGCGAGUAUAAUCCAGUAUGUGGAACAAACGGAAAUAAACUCAAGGUUUUUAGCAACAAAUGUUUAAUGGAAAAUGAACACUGCCACGAUGGAAAAGUAUGGCUUCAAGCACGCAUGGAACAAUGCCAACCAGAACUAGUUGCCACCACAACAAAAGUAUUAUGUGAAAAACCAUGUACAUUUGAAUAUAUGCCUACUUGUGGAUUCAAUGGAUUAAAACAUGAAGUUUUCCCAAACAAAUGUGCUUUAGAAAAUGCUCAUUGCAAAGAUGGAAAAGAAUGGUUUGUAACACCUUUUACCGAAUGUAUUGAAUUCGCUUCUGAAGAGAAACACAACUGUGAAAAACCAUGUAACAGAAUGUAUAAGCCAGUUUGCGGUUUUGAUGGCGAAAAUCAUAAAAUUUUCUCUAAUAAAUGUGUUAUGGAAAACGAACACUGCCGAGAUGGACAUGAAUGGAACAUAGUAUCAAUGUCCGUUUGUGAUGUCAAAAAACCAAAGACUAUUAAAUCAAUGAAAGAAAUAAUAAAAAAAGACUGCCCAUCAGUUUGUCCAUUUAUUUUCCUUCCAACAUGCGGCUCUAAUGGUAAAACUCAUCAUUAUUUUGCUAAUCCAUGCGAAAUGCAAGUUUAUAAUUGUCGCAAUAAUGAACAUUUCGUAUCAACAUUAAUGGCUGAAUGUGAAAAUAAACAAGAAACUAAUGUUGCCACCCGUGAAAGAAUGAUGAUGUGCCCAUCUAUUUACAACCCACAAUGUGGAUUCGAUGGAACAAAUUAUAGAGUUUUCCCGAACGAAUGUAUGAUGGAUUUCUUUAACAUGACUAAAAAAAAUAGUGGAUUUAAACAUGUGGAACUAAGUUUGUGUAAAGAUUUAAUGGAAAAUUGAGAAAUUCUAAUUUAUUCAAAGAAAAUCUUUAUAUAAAUGAUACCUUCUUAUUUUGUUUUUUUUUUUGAAAAUAUUGUCAAUUUUGUUCUGUUUACAUUUUAUUUUAUAAAAAUUUAAAUUAAAUUCAACAUUUUAGUUGGAUUUAAGUGAUUAUUGCAUUUGUAUGCCAAUAAUUUUUGUUUUUAAAAAUUUAUUGCAAUAAAUUGGAGCAUUAAAA